AUGUUGAGCUAUAUCUACUUUCUGUGGGACAUUGAAUAUCCCUUAUAUGUCUAUUUCUACAUCUUCAUCAUUAUCCUAAUUAUCUGGCAAGUGAAACAGAAUUAUCAAGGAUUGAAGUGGGAACAAAAAAGGAGCUGCUGCCGGCGCCACCAAAAAGUCAGGCAAAGGGCUAGAGAUGCAGCAACACAAGCCAGGAGACUUACCCAAGAAGAAUCUGAGAAGCCAUGGGAGCUGCUCUCUAUCAUGAAAAGCCAAAGCUGGCUCCCCACAGAGGGAAAUGUGCGGCAGCUCCUGUGUGUAGAUCCCUGCUGCCAUAUUUGUGAAUCUGCAACUCUAGAGAUUCAGCAGUUGCUGGAGAGUGAUAAAAGCCAGAUCUCCCCUGCUUUGCCAGAACUGCCACAGGUCUCUUCUUGCCUGGACAUGUUGCCCAUAUCCAGUGUGCCUUUUGACGAUAAUACGAAGUUUUACUCCAGGCACUCCACAGACUUUGCACUGGUACCUGUGACCCAAAUGCCAAUGGAACACUCAACACAGUCAGUCAAUGCAGUUGGCAUUCAACAAGUCUGUGAUGAUCAUUUCCAGGUAGGACAGGAAUUUGAUCAGUCAGACAUGGCCAUGGUCUCUGAGGCUGUGGCUUCUUCAAGUCUUAGGGGGUCUGUGGUUUUAGUGAAUGCUGGACAGUCAAUGCACAGCAAUCUAAUCUAUGUCCAGCAGAACCAAGGCUAUCAUCAGUCUUUGAAUUCACAGAUCCCUUUUCAGACCCUGAACCCAGAGAGUACUCAUGUCACACAUCCUGUGUCCCUGUCUGUUGUCAACAUUCUCCCGCAGCCAUUCCUCAGUCCUUCAGUGGUAAGGCUUCUUGAGCUACAUGUGAAAAAACUGAUGCAUUCCCAAAGGUGGGGGCUCCCAAGACGUGUGGAGGAGUCCCUAAGUCAACUAAUGCCAAACCCACCAAUGUAUUUCCAGCCUGAAAACAACCGGCCAGUUUCUUUUAUCCUGAAUAAUACUUCUCAAGACUGUGGUAAUAGGUUUGGGAGUAUUUCCCACCAGACCUGGUACUCAUAUACAGACAGCCAACCUAUGCAGACCUUUUGGGUUUCUGAGUGGUCUAAUGUGGAACCAGAACAAAAAACACACUGUAAACAAAUCCCAAGCCCUGGGAGAAAGCCCUUAUUCACUCCUGACCAUAAUGUUGCCCAUGGCAUCUGUCUGCAGCCUGAGGGACAGGCUAAGGAACCCAGGGACAAUUUUCAGAAGAAAUUUACCCAGUUAUUCUGUGGCCUCCCUUCUAUGCACAGUGAAUCCUUGGUUACUACCUUCCUAGGCACUCGAGGUCUCUCCAAGGACUCAUCUAGACCCUCCUGCGAAGAUCCUCAUCUCUUGAAAGAGUCCUCAACCUUGCCCUUGCUGCCCUACACUCCACCUAUGGCAGCCCCUCCUCCUUCCUCAGUUUUUCCAAAUGAGUGUUUAUAUGAGCAUAAAGAGGCUCAGAUCACCGUGCCAUUUUUGACUCUGGCCGAGUGUAAAACCUUGGAAUGGCACCUUCUACAAAGACAGCUGCAGCUUCAGUGGGGCCUACCAGCUGUCAUACCUGGAUCUCCCUAUAUGCCGAGCUACAUACAGUACAGGCCAUGUAAUAAGGCAAAGCCACGCGAGACUUUAAAAGCCACCUGGCCAGGAAAGUGCUUCUCGGUCCUCACCAGAGACCUUUUCUUUGUCCCAGAGCACGUGCGCAGGCUGCUGGAAUUCCACCUGCAGAAGCAGCUGAUCCACAUCCGCUGGGGCCUGCCCCAGAGGAUCCAGCGCUCCAUUCACCUGCUGCUCUCCUCUGCUAACGAACACGCCCUGUCCUGCAGCCGCAGCCGGGCACUAUCCAGUGUGAGCAUCCCAAAGCCAGGCAGCCCAGAGGCUGAUGGGUCUGGUGACAGGUUCGCAUCUGCAGUGGACAAAGGGCCAAUCCUCAUGCCUCACUUGUUUGUCCAGGCAAAGGCAAAGUUAAAGAUCCACGUUGAUUCUAAAUGUGAUCAGAUCCACCAUGACAAGGUCCCUGCCUGUGUCCAACGCUCCUGGGAAUUCUGCAGGUGCUUGUCAGCAGGGACUCCCUUCCCAAGCGUCCCACCAGGCCAGUCCCUGAAGCCACAGGCAGAAAAUAAACCUGACCUACAUCACAAAGUUGUCCCUCAGGAACCAACGAGUGACCAGGAGGAGCGGCCCGUAUCAUGCGCUUUCAUUGAACACUGUAAGAGACCCCAAUCCCUAUCUGAGGAAACCAUUAAGAAACUGGAGACAACUUUAAGACAUAAGUAUCUGGCCUUCCUGUCAGGUCUGCCUGCCCUUUACUGUGUGGCUCCUUCUAGAGCUACAUCCCCAGCUGUUGGCCAGUUUGCAGUCACAGAGAUUGUAGUUAAAAAGCCACAGAAAUCCCUAACACAGGUGACCUCACUUGAAGACCCACGUCUGAGUAGGCUUGAGCCUUGUUCCCGGGAUGACAGCGAGGUGUCUGCAGACAUUACAGAAGAGGUACAGCCUGAAGUGCAGGUGGAAGGAAAGACAGAGAUGGUGCCUCUAGAGAGCCAGACUCCCAGCCCCAGCUCAUUAAACACAGAGUUGGUGGCGAGACUAAGUUUCCAUCUGAAAAAAAAGGUCCUAGAGAUAAAGUUGGGAAUUCCAAUAACAGCACGUGAGCUCCAAGAGCCAAAUGCAGUGGGCUCGGGGACUGAACACCCUCAGGAGCUUGUAGGGAGUCUCAGUAUCCCAGAAAGCAUAGAGCUACAGAAACUGCCCGAUUCAGGUGACCUUCCUCCAGCCCCAGAUGCAAGUACUGACCACCGGAAAAAACAGCCAGCCACUGCAGUGCAGGCUGUGUGCCACCAGCGAAAGAAACCUAGUUCCAAAGCAGUGUCCCAGGGUUCUGUCCACUGGAACUCCAAGGCCUCACAACUCAGGAAUGUGACCAAGGCUCAAGUGCCCUGUGUUCAGACGGAGACCAGUGGGGAAAAGCCCAACCUAGAGGAAGCCCUUAGCACUGAGCCUCAUGGCCCAGGCAAGAGCAAGUACUCAGACCAUGUCCCCAAACUGACAGGAAAGAGCCAAGAGCCAGGGAAACCCAAGGCAGUGGGGGACUUUGGAGAAGGGGAUACAGGUCUUGGGUUUUCCCCAACCAGUGAAGGAACACACCAUGAUGAAGACCAGGAGCCAGAAGAGGGGCCUGUGCACGGGACACCCGAGGGCUCCUCACAGCACAGUCAUAGCUUUCAUCCUGAGGAUCCCUGUCCACCCAGCCCCCAGAACACCCCUGAGCUGGAGUUCCCGGAUCCACCUCCAGAAGUCUUCAUGGAGAGGGAACCUGAGCUUGACACGCAAGACAGUCAAACCAAGGCAAAUGCCAUCCAGGAACAUGCGAGGAUUGCUGAGGUCCCCCAGCCUGUGGCCUCCUGGGCUUCCCAGGGCAUUCCUUUCCCACGCCCACUAAUUCAGGGAAAGCCUUUUCGGGUUCAAACUAGGCAAGACCGCAUUUCACGGGGGCAGGGGCGGGUGAUGCCAACCUCUCCUCAAGCUAGCCCUAGCCUUCCAGAGGCUGGCUUGAAAAAUAAGGUGAAAUCCUUUCUUCAGUCUAUUAACCCCAAGAUAAAAGGCAAAACACACGUGGAACCCAUGGUCUCAACACCUGCAACAGUGGCCAAAACCAGUAAAGAAAAUGUUGGCAAGGGUCUGCCUCAAGCCAAAAGCCCCACCCAGAAAACCAAGGCAGAGAACUGCAGAGGGCCCAAGGCCCAAUCUGCACCCGCUGAGAAGUCAGUGAUCGCUUCCUUCCUAACUGCGCCCCAUAUUCUAGACAGUAAGCUCCGGCCGAACCCUGGACAGCAUGGCUCUGUCUCAAUAUCAGGCCAGUCUCCUCGACAUUGUCCUCGGCACUGUCCUAAAUUGGCUUAUGCCACUCAACACAGAAACCCACCCUAG